AUGUCACUAGAAGCUAUUAGAUUUGAUAGAAAUGCUAGAUCAUUAAACAUCUUGGAUCAACUUCUUCUUCCAUAUGCCACUGAAUAUAUUCCAAUCAACACUAUAGCAGAUGCUCACAACGUGAUCAAGAAGAUGCAAGUCCGUGGUGCUCCAGCUAUUGCAAUUGUUGGUAUAUUAUCCAUAUUAGUUGAGCUAGAUCACUAUGUUGAUGGGAAAUUCAAAGAUCAAUCUUUUUAUGAUUUAGGUGAUUUUGCAAAUUUCCAAAAUCAAUUGAUCCAAAGAUUAGAAUAUUUGGUUACAAGUAGACCAACUGCUGUUAAUUUAUCAAACGCAGUUAAUGAAGUUAUUGAAUUGAUCAAGUCCACAAAAGCUAAAUCAAUUGAUGAACUAUAUCCAGAAAUCUUCAAAUAUGGAUGUGAUUUAAUUGAUGAUGAUUAUACAAAUAAUGUUAAAUUAGGUGAUCAUGGUAAAGAUUGGAUCAUUAAACAUUUGGAAAACGAAGGAUUUAAUGGGAAGUUCAGUGUCUUGACAAUUUGUAACACUGGUUCAUUAGCUACAAGUGGAUAUGGUACUGCACUUGGUGUUGUUAGAUCACUUUGGAAUCAUGCUAAAUCAUUCACAACUUCAAAUGAAGAAUCAAAUCAAGAACCAGCUACAAAAAAAUCUAAACCUUCAGGUGCACAUUUUUCAAAAGUAUAUACAUUAGAAACUAGACCAUAUAAUCAAGGUGCAAGAUUAACAGCAUAUGAAUUAGUCUAUGAACAAAUUCCAUCAACUUUAAUUACAGAUUCUAUGGUUACCUAUUUAAUCUCAAGUUUAGCAAAAAACCCAGAUUCACCACCAAUUAAAGCAUGUGUUGUUGGUGCUGAUAGAAUCGUUAAAAAUGGUGAUACUGCAAAUAAAAUUGGUACUUAUCAAUUAGCUUUAAUUUGUAAACAAUUUGGUAUAAAAUUUUUAGUGGCAGCUCCUAAAACAACAAUUGAUUUGAAAACUCCACAUGGUGAUCAAAUCAUUGUGGAACAAAGACCUUCAAAUGAAUUACAAAAUGUAAGUGGUGGUGUUAUUGAUAUUCAAACAAAUGAAGUUGUCAAAGAUUCAAAAGGUCAUGCAAUUAGUGGGAAAGUUGGUGUUGCAGCUCCAGGUAUUGAAGUUUGGAAUCCUUCAUUUGAUGUUACACCUCAUGAUUUAAUUGAUGGGAUUGUUACUGAAGAUGGUGUUAUCACCAAGAAAGAUGGUGAAUUUGAUUUAGAAGCAUUAUUUGUUUAG